CCGCAAAAAUUCAACUGUCGUUGUUUUGGUGUGUGGCGUGCAGGCGAUAAGCUGCUGAUCAACAAUUGAGAGAAAUUAUAGAAUCUAAUCGAAGAGAAUGGAUAUAAAGGGUGAAGGCGCGUCCAAACUUUCUCGAACAGAAUUGCGUAAGCAGAAACUUGCAGAAUAUCUGGCAGCAAAAGGCAGAUUAAAACCCCUAAAUCAGAAGCCUUAUCUAAAGAACUGUGCUAGUCUGACGAAGCCCCCAGGAGUCAUCCAGAAAUCCCACAAUUCUGAAAGAGGAAAGGAGAACUCAGUCCCCAGUUCCACGGGUGGCAAAAAAGAAGUAUCAAAAGGAAAUGCACAUGCAGAAAAUAACAAACAUUUGAUACCCUUCAGCAAAGCUCCUACUCUUAAUAUUCCACGUUUACCAGUCAAAUCCACUCUUUCCCAAACAUCCUCUGAACAGGCAAGAACACGCUGCCAAGAAACCGCUCAUGCAGUAAAAAAUCCUACUUUUAAAGUACAACACACUAAACCAGGUUUACACAGAAAUGUCAUGGCUCCCAAGCAAGACAAAACUGUUAAGAAGGGUCCAGCACCUGAGCCUAGCCAGGCGCAACCUUUUCACAGGUCUUCUAUAAAUGCGCAUACAAGCAUCAAAACAGAUUUUCUCAGAAGGAAUUUAGUCAAACGUUCAGAAAAGGUAGUGCACAAAUCUCAGGUCAAAUGUCUCACAAAUAAAGAAUACCGAGCCAACACUGUUCCCAGCUGUACAGACUCAAAAUCUUUAAUUAGUAAACAGGCCACAGUGGUGCUGAAGUCUUCUAAGGAAACUAACAAUUUAAAUAAAACACAAAACAAUCUGAGAAAACCAUUGAACAGCAAUCCAUUAACAGAGCCAGAUGCAUCAGUAAAGAAACAAACUAAAUCCCAAGACAAGCAAGCAUUAAACAAGUUAGGAAAUAAACCAGGGUUUACUUGCACACAAAAAAGUCUUCCAAUCACAGGCAAGCAAAAAUCAUCUCUCUUGUCUGCAUUUUCUAAAACUGAAGAUGCACCAAAAUCCACCAGUGCACCAGUGGCAGGUUUUAAAAAAGCAGCCCCAACUCAACAGCGCCAGUGUACCACAUUUAAACUUCCAAUCAAACCCACUGUUCAAGCCCCGGUACCACAAACACGCCUAAGCAAGAUGUCCAGUCUGACCAAGGUGCCUGUGCAGCCGAAGACUCCCAAGUCAACAUUUAAUCCUGGAACUGAUGGUGUCAGGACUGUCCCCUUGGAUGGAAGAAAAAAAUCAACUUUGGCUCAAGAAGAGAGAUUGCGUAAACUUAAAGAGUGGCGAGAGGCAAAAGGCAUCACGUAUAAACGGCCACCAAUGCCUGUACAGCCAACAAGAAGGCAGACGACCACUGUUCCUCCACAGGGAUACUGGAGUACAAUGGAACAGGAAGAUGAAGUCCAAGGCUUUGUCUGUGCUGUUGACCAGUCCCUAAAUGACUGCAUCAAACUACUUCAGCAGGGCUGUCCUGUAGACCAGGUGAGAGAUGUUCUGUCUCGGGUACCAAUGGCACAAAAAUUUGCAAAAUACUGGAUUUGCCAGGUGCGCUUGUUGGAGCAAGAGGGGAACUUUGAUGUACUGUCCACAUUUGAAGAGGCUGUUCGUAUAGUUAGAGAGCCAGUUGAUGAACUGCGCUCUGUGGUAUUCGAGAUCCUUAAAAAGAAAGAAGCAAAAGGCUCAUCAUCAGAGAGAGAGAAUGAUGUCAGCAGUGAUGAAGAUAGGGAACACAGUUUCAACACGUGCACCCCUAAACCCGUCGGCGCCCUGAUUCGUGGAGAGAAAAGAGACUCGUCUGUAAUAAAAUACAAGAUCACAGCUACUCCUGGUGGGAAAAGGAGCCAGCAGAGGCCUGGGCGAGUUAAUGGCCAGGAAGUUCGUUUCUUCACUCCAGUGCGUCGUUCCUUACGUAUCCAGAAAACAGCCUCCCGUUACCCAGCAGUGCUGCAGGAGCACGACCACUGUGUGACCUCUUUUCAUGAUCUCUUGGCUGAAAGCGAAGGCCAAAGUGAGAUCCCAACUACAGCAGAAACACAUACCUCUCCACUCUACGUGUACCGAGAGAACGAUGCCCUGAAGGAGCAAGUGCAGAUCCAACUGGUUUAUGAUGAUGCACAGUGAUGAAAAUGAUAGAUGUCAAGAUUUGUUUAGAGAAACAAUUUUCUCUCUAAAUGUUUUGUUUAUUUUUUCAGUUGCAUUACUACACUUUCACUGGGCAAUGAAAGUGAAAUACAUAUUUUCAGUCUGAUCCAAGAAAAAUAAAUGUGGGAACUUGACUCAUAGCUGCUUGUGCAGGCUGGUAGUGCUCGAAGCAGUAGUGACGUUUUCUAAUAUAUUUUUUUUCAUAUCUUUCAUAUGGGAUAAUGAUGAUAUCAUUGUAAAUUUUGUGAAAGUAAAAAUGAACCUUUUUUAUUUGGAUAUUACAUCAUAGGCACGUCUCUGUUUAGUCCUAUAUGUUUUGUUUUUUUCAUUAAAAGUUUUUUCAUGGCUUCA